GGCACCAGGCAGAAGCGCUCUCGCUGCGGGCUGGGUGGAGCCGGCCUAACUGCUCGGUCACUCGGAGCCCAUGUCACGGGCGCCCUCCCGCAGCGGGGCGUCCACGACGCGGAGCCCUUCCUUGGGGCUGGAGGGCGGCGACUGGCGACGGGGGAGGGCGCGUGCCGAGUGGCCCGGCUCCUGCCAGAGCGCAGGGGCCCCGCAGCCGAGGCGGAGCGGCGGCGGCGGCGAUAAGGGGCCACUGGAAUGCCGAGACCUGGUGCUGCAGAACGCCCUGUAUACGGGGGACCUGGCCGCGGUGCAGCGGCACUUCUCCGAGCGAGCAGAGGUCGACUUGGUCAUCCAGGCCGAGAGCCAAGACCUGCGCUGGACCAGCCACAAGUGGGGGCUCUGGUCGCUGACUUACCAGCAGGAACUGACCACCCCGCUGCACGUCACCGCCAGUCGCGGUUACCUGGACUGCCUGCGCCACCUGCUUCUCCGCGGGGCGGACGUGGACCUGGCGCCGGGAGGGCAGACGGCCCUGCACGCGGCCUGCACCGCUGCCACGGCUGACUGCGUGCGUUUGCUGCUCUCCUUCGGGGCGGACCCGGAGGCCGUCUCGGAAGAUGGAUUCCAGCCCCUGCACUUCUGCCGGAGCCCCGAAUCUGUGGAGUGCGCUCGGCUCCUGCUGAGCCACGGGGCCCCUGUGAAUGGCGCGUCGGAGGAGGAGGAGGAGACCCCCUUGCACGUGGCCGCUCGCCUGGGCCUGACGGCGCACGUCCGGCUCUUGCUGCGCUCGGGGGCUGAUCUGGAGGCCAAGAACGCCACGGGGCAAACCCCGCUAAACGCCGCCUGUGCACAGCCGCACCCGGCGCAGGCCGCAGGCGCCUACUACGACGUGUGCCAGCAGCUGGUGGAGGCCGGCGCCCGCGUGGACUCGGCAGACCUGGACCGCCAACGCCCGCUGCAUCAGGCCUGCAAGAACGCCAACGCCCGCGUGGUGGCGCUGCUUCUGGCCCGCGGCGCCAACGUCAACCUGAUGAGCUACAGCGGCAACACGGCCCUGCACAACAUCUUGCAAGUGGCUGCCUACAAGCUGGAGCACCGGCCCGAGCAGGUGGUGCGGGAGCUGCUCAACCACGGGGCCGUGCGCGUCUGGCCCGGAGCCCUCCUCAAGGUGCUGCGCCAUUGCUGCGCCUCCCCCCGCACCAUCGAGGCCCUGGUCAACAGCUACCAGAGGGUGCGCGUCACCGAGGAGUGGGCGGAGGCGGUCCCCGCCGAGCUGGUGCAGCAGCACGCCCGGUUCUUCCAGUCGCUCUUCUCCCUGGGGGAGAGCCCCCGCUCCCUACAGCAUCUGGCCCGCUGCGCCCUCCGGAGCGCCCUCGAAGGCCGCCUCUUGCAGGCCGUGCCGGAGCUGCGUCUGCCGCCAGCCCUGCGCCAAUUCCUGCUGCUCGGCUUCGAGGAUGUCCUCUACUAGUUAGGCCCUGCCCUGGGCCGGGGAUGGGCCUCCCUCCCGCAUGUUCCGCCUGAGCUGGCGACAAGGAGGCCUGAGGCGCCCCCUCCCUCCUCCCUCCUCCUGACAAGAACUAUCUGAAAGGAAAGCCUUUCCACAGGAGCUGAAUAGCAAUAGCAAUAGCAAUAGCAAUAGCACUUACAUUUAUCUACCGCUCUAUAUAGCCGGAGCUCUCUAAGCGCUUUACAAUGAUUUUAGCAUAUUGCCCCCAACAUUCUGGGUACUCAUUUUACCGACCUCGGAAGGAUGGAAGGCUGAGUCAACCUUGAGCCCCUGGUCAGGAUCGAACUUGUAACCUUCUGGUUACAGGGCGGCAGUUUUACCACUGCGCCUCCAGGGGCAAAGAGGAAGGGAACGAAACCCUCCCCCGCCAACUGUCCCCAUGUACGACAAUGGGGCAGAAUGCUUGUAAACUCUGAGUGCAGUUAACAGACAACCAGGCAGGCAAAGCUAAUGGAACUCAGUGUUGGCAAAGAGGGCGGGGGGGGGGAGGGCUUGAACAAAAGAAGAGGGAAAUUUCUCAGUUACUCUGAAACAUGCUCCCUCAAAGAGAAUCAUAACCCCUUCUGCUUCUGAGGGGGAAAGUGGCUUUUCUCUCGCCAGCCAUUUCACAACUUUGUAUUUUUGAGGGGUAAGGGGUUUGACACAUUUUGAUUCUUGCUGUGGGGGACCAACCCCCCUCCAAAAUAACAUAGAAAUAACUGUAUGUGCGUGAAAUAUUUUGAGAAACGUAAGGCAAAGUUGCACACUGAAUCUGGUAAUCUGCUGAUCAUUCUAUGUGUGUGCACACGUGCAUACACAUACACACGCACUCACAGCAUUAACCUUUCGAUGUAACCGAUUCCACGAUCCCUUUCCCUCCCUACAAUCUCAGUAAAUAUUGAUGAAAAGAUUAAACUGACCCACCACCAUCCAUUAUAUGUAACUGUUUUUUUGUUGUUUUAAAGUUUGUAAACCACUUUACAAAGUGGUUGCUGAUUUAGGGUAUAGAAAUGUGUCAAACUCUUGAAAUUUUUGCGCUGGAUGAAACUUUUGAGCUGGGAUUGAGCAAUAGUCCCCCACUCCCCAAAAUAUCACCCAAGAGAUCAGAAAACAAUUAAAUGAUUUUCCAACCCAAGUUAAA